AUGGGAACUCCAAUUGCGCCAGUGAAAGUCAAUAUGGGCGACAAGAUCAAAGAUCAAUUCGUUGUGAAGAAAAAGUUGGGAGAAGGUGCCUGUGGACAGGUCUUCCUCGUCGAAUUGCUUCAAGGAAAAGGAAGAGCGGCGAUGAAAGUGGAGCCGUUGAUGAAAAACAAGGAGGAUGAGAUUCUGAAGAUGGAGGUUUACGUGUUGAAGAAGUUGCAGAAUUCUCGUCACGUGUGUCGUCUUCUUGGAUCUGGAAAAACUGAGACUUUCACGUAUUUGGUGAUGAGUCUUCUUGGCAAAGAAAUUGGGGAUGUUCGUCGGAGAAUGCCGGGAAGGAAGAUAUCUGCGCCCUCUACUCUUCGUAUCUUUAUUCAACUUGUGAAGGCAUUGCAAGACAUGCACGAAGCGGGUUUCGUUCACCGUGACGUCAAACCAAGCAACAUGGCGUUGGGAGUGAAAAACGAGCAAGUCGUCUACAUCUUUGAUUUCGGUCUAUCUCGUCAAAUAAUGCUCCCGGAUGCGAGUGGAAAACUGAAACUCCGCGAGCCACGUAACAAGUCAAUGUUCCGUGGAACCGUUCGUUACUGUAGUCUGAAUGUUCAUCAGCAUAAGGAUCAGGGGAGACACGAUGACUUGUAUGGAGCACUCUACGCAAUGAUUGAAACUGUGACGUCAACUCUUCCAUGGAAAGGAAAACCGAAGAAAGAGUGUGCUGGAUUGAAGGAGAAGACUACGGACACUCAAUUGUGCAAGAAUUGCCCGAAGUCAUUUGAAAUCAUUGCAUCGACACUUCGAAAGCUCACUUACAAGGAGACCCCACCGUACCUCACGUUUAUGGAAAAGUUGAAGGCUGACUUGCCGAAAGGUGUCAAGAUGACGGAUCCAUUCGAAUGGAAUCUGAAUAGAAGUGCUAUGGAUGAUAACAAUAAUGGAAACAAGUCGGAUCGUGAGGAUGCGGAGAGAGAUGGUGGAGCGGGAACAGUGAAUGAAGUGGAUGAAAGUGUGAUUACGGAGGAUCGAGGCGACACGACUUCUUCAUCGAAAAACGCGGAAGACUAUGCGGCUGAAGACACGCUGGAUAAUAUCUAG